AUGGAGAGAGGAAUGAGAGAAAGAGAUGAAGAGGAGAAUGGAAAAAGCAAGUGUAAUGAGGGGGUGGGUGAAAGAAAGGAAAAGGAGGGAUGCAGAGAUAAGACAGAGGGCAGGAAAGGGAGUGAAGGCAACACAGGCAGGAAGGAGGGAGAAUGUGAAGAGGCAAAGGUGGCAGAAAAGGGGGGGGCCCAGCUGCUUCUGGACGGGACGACCCGCCGGGACCGGCCCCUAUUCUCACCAACAAGCUCACAGGGACCAGACCUGUCUGGAAUGAUGAGACUGUCUUUUGGCAUUCUCCACAUCAAGGAGAGCCCUUGUGUCUCCCUGUCUGGUGUCACCGUGGCUCUGUGUCUUCUCACCCUCCUCCUGGUGACCCUCAGGGGCCGUAAGGGCCUCAAAUCCCUCUACCACCAUGAUCAGCAGCAUUCCCCACAGGACUGCACGAGACACCCGCCUCCCCCUGGCCCCGCACCGUGGCCUCUUGUUGGCAAUCUGCUUCAGAUGGGGGACCAGAUCCAUCUCUCCCUAACCAGCUUAAGGCUGCAGUACGGAGAUGUGUUCAAGAUACAUUUGGGCUCUUUGACUGUGGUCGUCCUAAGUGGGUACACCACCAUCAGGCAGGCACUGGUUCGGCAGGGUGAGGCUUUUGCAGGGCGACCUGACCUCUUCACCUUUUCGGCUGUGGCCAACGGGACCAGUAUGACCUUCAGUGAGAAGUAUGGACCUGCCUGGACGCUGCAUAAGAAGCUGUGUAAGAACGCGCUCAGGUCUCUCUCCCAGGCUGAGCCCAGGGGAUCCGGUGCCACCUGUCUGCUGGAGGAACAUGUGUGUGCUGAGGCGGCUGAGAUGGUGGAGGUGCUUCGAGAACAGGCCGCUGCGGAGGAAAUGAAGCAUGAGAACGGCAGUGGUGUGGCAAGUAUAGACCCGGUGGUUCCCCUGGUAACCUCGGUGGCAAACGUUGUCUGUGCCCUAUGCUUUGGGAAAAGGUAUGACUAUAACGAUAAGGAGUUCCUCACUAUUGUUCACAUCAACAAUGAGGUCCUGCGGAUCUUUGCCGCUGGGAACCUGGCUGACUUCUUCCCUGUGUUCCGUUACUUUCCGAGUCCGUCACUGAGAAAGAUGGUCCAGCACAUCCACAGGAUGAACAGCUUCAUGGAGCGGAGCAUCGAGGAGCACAUAAACACCUUUGAUAAGAACUGCAUCCGGGACAUUACAGAUGCCCUUAUAGCACUUUGUGAGGACAGAGAAGAGGAUAAGGACAAAGCUGUGCUUUCCGACUCUCAGAUCAUUCACACUGUCAUCGAUAUCUUUGGAGCAGGAUUUGACACCAUCAUCGCUGGCUUACAGUGGAGUCUGUUAUACCUCAUCAAGUUUCCUGACAUCCAGGACAGAAUACACAAGGAGAUAGAUGAGCACAUCGGUGCGGCCAGGCUGCCCAGGUUUGCGGACAAGCCUAACAUGCCUUUCACUGAGGCGUUCUUAUAUGAAGUGUUUCGCCACGCGUCCUACGUCCCGUUCACCAUACCUCACUGCACCACAACAAACAUCACCCUGAAUGGAUUCUUCAUUCCCAAAGACACUUGUGUCUUCAUUAACCAGUAUCAGGUCAAUCAUGAUGUUGAUCUAUGGGGCGACCCAGAUGUGUUUCGCCCUGAGCGCUUCCUGGAUGGGUCAGGACGCCUCAACAAGGAGCUGACAGAGAAGGUUCUCAUCUUCGGCAUGGGGAAGAGACGCUGCCUCGGGGAUGGAUUUGCACGUUUGGAGAUGUUUGUCUUCCUCACCACGCUGCUCUACGGACUGCGGCUCCAAAACGUUCCAGGACAGGAGCUCGAUCUCAGCUCCGACUUCGGUCUGACGAUGAAGCCACGGCCCUACCGGAUUAUCAUCUCCUCGAGGCUGUAG